GGUGGAUACCUAUUACAAUAUCUAAUCAGCGGGCUUAGCAUCGUAAGCGUGCGACUCUUUCUCGCCUCGACAUACGUCACCCGUCACUCUCUCACAGUACUGCAGAAAGAAACAGAUGAUCUCUGUCACGGCGAGGAGUCGCGUGUUGACGGUGCUAAGCCCGCAGAUUGGUCCAGGCGACUAACAUUCGACGAAAUAUACAACGAUACACAUUAUGUACAGAUACAACAGAGACCCAGGCCAUACGACAUACCAGACUACACUUAUAACCUAGCCAAUGACUUUAGAAUAAACCUAGAACAUGAUAGAAGAAUUGUAAAUAACUUUAGACAUAGUUUAGAAGAUGACAAAAAGAAGAAUGAUGAUAGAAGAAUUGUAAAUAUUGGACAUAGUUUAGAAGAACAUAGAAAAAACAAUGAGGAUAGAAGAAUUUUAAAUAUUGGACAUAGUUUAGAAGAACUUAGAGGGAACAGAGAUGAUAGAAGAAUUAUAAAUAACUAUAAAUACAGUUCAGAAGAAGAUAACGGAGGAAACGAAGUGGAUAUAGAAUAUGAUGUGGCUUUAAGUAGUGUGGUCAAGGAACCCCUUCUAGUAGGAUUCUCUCAUGACCCCUUCCGAUAUUCAGUACCUGAAGAUGAUUUUCUGAAAGGUGUAAGAAACAUGAACCCUAAAUCAAUUAUGAGUAAAGGCGAGAAUCGUGGCAAGCGAGGAGUCCUACACCUGUACAACAUGAUGUACUGCGCCACAGGAUGUGAACCCCUGGCCUACAAAGGGUACGGCUGCUACUGCGGCUUCCUGGGCUCCGGAAGGCCUACAGACGGGAUUGACAGAUGCUGCAAGAUGCAUGACGAGUGCUACGAAAACAUCUACUGCCCGUUCUUCACGGUGUAUUUCCAGCCGUACUACUGGAAGUGCUAUAAGGGUCAGCCUCUAUGCGCGUUGGAGAACUACCACACCCAACACCAGUUCAUCAACGGGUGCGCGGCGCGGCUGUGUGAGUGUGACAGGAGGUUCGCCAUGUGUGUGAAGCAGUACCCCUGUCCGAGGAGACGAGCGCUGUGCCGGUCUUCGCCGAUUAGGCUGCUGCAGAACUUACUCAUGUUCCGUUGAAGAUCUGUAUAACGUCGCCUUAUGGCAUAGAACGCAUAUAACGGCAACUCUCCGCUCCCCACCAGCGGCUGAGAUAUGUUUACCUCACUCCCCCUCGGUCUUACUUUAGUCAUCAAUCGAAUGAGCGUCAGACGUCACACACACAGAUGCGCGUGUACGAUAAUGUCAAUGUGUAGUGUCUGUGUAAAACGAGGAGUUUUUACCUCUUUCUCUUUCCUCCACUGCUUCCGAUCUUGAGCUAAGUAUGCAUCCAACUCGUCACGCCAUCUUUGGCACCCAUUUUGUAGUCUUCCUUGGCCAUAGUGUUUCCUAAAUACAUAGAUACUUGCCACUAUUUCAAAAAACACUCGUAGAUAAGUACUUACUUGAAUUACUUAAUAUAUUAUAUUAUUUCAUGACACUUUUGAUGAACAGAUUGUUAUACAAUAACGAAAGUAAAACACCAAAGAAAGUGGUGUCUGACUUGUUACCAGUCAUUCUUUAAUUAAUUAUUGUUCUGUAAUAAGCUUUACUUGUUUUCUUGACAUUUUAACAAGUGGUUUUUUAGUGAGAUAAUCUAUAAUUAUUUACCUAUAUAAAAACGAAAAGCCAAUGACUGUCUGAUUCACUCAU